GCCAUCAUCGUCAGGCGCUCCCUCACGAGCCGGUCGGCGCGCCUUUCUCAGCUUAGCAUUCGACCGAUCGUCGUACCCUUUCGCCCAGCGGCUCAGCAUCACCGCUACUCCUCGUCCAUCGAGCGAUCUUCGUCAACCAUGAGCCGUUUCAAGAUCAAACUCCGCCUCCCUGAACAGGACUCCCCCGGCGCUGGAUCAGCAUCCAUUGGGAGCACGAGCAGCCCUCCGUCGUCUUCAGCCAAUCCAACAGCAGCUGCGCCUUUAGCUCCUUCUGCAGCAACGGCAGCAGCGACAGCAGCAAAGGGCUUGGAUGCACCGACACCGUUGACUUCGCAAGCGAUGAGAGAUAACGAUCGAGCCUCUUCGAGUAGCAUACAGCCAGCAGGCAUCACGCAAAGAGCUUCACAGGCCGCUUCGGGCGGCGAAGGGGACGUGAGCAUGGCGGCUUCAUCAAUGGCCGACGAAUCAGAAGACGAGCUUGCCUCUACCUCGUCCGCAGCCGGCGAUGGCGACGAAGCUUCCGAAGCUGGUCGUGGCACCCCGUCCUCCUCAACCGCCGCUGGUCGCGCAGCCUUGUCGUCGUCUGCAGGUGAUCACGAAUCCCCUGCCGGACUCACCAAGCUCCAAAGGCAGAAGCGUUCCGCGAGACUGGCAGAGCUGGAGAAGAUGACGGCAGAGGAGAUCGAUGCAUUGCCCGCUGCAAAGAGGCGGGUGGGAGCCAAAGCGAGGGGAGCGUCUGGCCCUGGGAGAGGCUGGAGGAAGGGACUGAAGAUGGGAGAUAAGCCAAAGUACACCUUGCCAGAUGCUACGCCCAUUGCAGAAGGAACACCGACCAGCUUCGAUGAUUCCCGUCGAGGCUCCCCUUUCUCUGCCAUGUCAGGCUCACCGGAGCCCUCGACGGCCCUCCUCCGCGCAGGAAGCGGUCAAGGUUCUUCCUCCUCAUAUUCCGCAAUGGGCGGUCGUCCUCCAGCCUCCUCCGCCUCGGGGCUCCCAGCCACGACAAGCGGCGGCACCCCACUUGUCUUUGCUGCCCCUGGUCAACGUGCAAAGAAAGGCGAGCUCUCCCACACGGCCGCCGCUGCCUUGGCUGGGAAAUCGAUUCUCCCCUCUGGUCGUGCUCCCGUAGCCGUCGCAGCCGCUAUGGCCUUUGGUCCGCCGGUCAAGCCGCCAGUCAAGAUAGUGAACGUGUUCCCUCCCGCGUACCCUGCUACGCUAAAUCGGACUGAGGUGGGCAAGAGGACCCGCAAGUGGGUGAAGGGAGAGAGACAGUGGGUCAAUCUGGCGGGAAGGGUUGUCAGCGUGGGUAGUGCGUGGUGGGGUGGGGAGGAUGAUGGGUUCGAUCCGCAGGGCGAUGCAGAAAGGGAACAGAUGGCAACGACGGCUGCUGCUUCGGGCGGGGCUGCUAUUGGGGGAGGAACAGGUCAGACGGCUGCGGGUACCGGCACGCCCAGCCUCAUGGCCGGAGGUAAUGCUGGAUCGCCUGGUGCGUCUAGACAUUCAACUCCGGUCGGUCCUCCUAUUGCAACUUUGAGCAAAGCUGAGGCGGCUGUCCUGGGCGCGGCAAACGCGGCAACAUCAACGGCGACGAGAGGAGGCAGAGGAGGCUCGACGUCUUCACGAGGAGGAAGGGGAGGAUCAACCUCAUCGCGGGGAGGCAAGAGCGGCGCUGCUGGAUCACCUUCGCCAUUCAUUAGCGCAGGCUCACCGUCCGGGACAAGCACGCCUGCGAUGGGGGCGCCAAGUGGCGCACAAGCUGGCUCGCCUUCGUCGUCUUUGCCCAAGCCCAAGUUCCAGCCUGGGGGAGGAGGAGCGGAUUGGAAGAGUGGGGGAGGAGCGGGGGCGGGUAGCCCGGUGCCUGCGGGUACGAAGAAGUGAGCGGUGGACGGAUGAUCCUGAUAGACAUGUACCGUAGCCUAGCCCUCCUAUUGUGCCACGCUGUACCAGAUUACCUGAAGCACCAGCGAUCUGGUACAUUGUGGAUGAUGAGGAAUCAAUCCUGCCUGCCUGCCGCC